AUGAAAUGGUCAUAUUUAGAUACAGCACUUUUAGUUGUAAUAUCCUAUCAUUUAGUUAAUUCUCCUUACACUAAGGUAGAAGAAAGUUUUAAUAUCCAAGCAAUACAUGAUAUAUUGAAAUAUGGAAUAUGGGAUAUAUCAAAAUAUGAUCAUCUUCAAUUUCCUGGUGUUGUCCCUAGAACUUUCAUCGGUGCUUUGUUGAUAUCUUUUUUAACUAAUCCAUUUAUUAUCAUUUCUCAUAUAUUUAGUAAAUCAUCAAGUGAUAUUUCAGCUGGGUUUGAAACACAAUUAUUAGUAAGAUCAAUUAUUGGGUUAACUAAUGCUGCAUCGUUAAUUUAUUUAAAGAACUCUUUACAAUCUAUGUUUGAUAAAUACAUGCAAUUAGAAUCAGAACAAAAUGAGAAAAGCACUAGAAACAAUUUAGAUUUAAUUAGACAUUUUUCAAGUGUUGGGAAAUGGUUUUUGCUAUUUACCAUGACAAGUUUUCAUCUCAUGUUCUAUGCAACUAGACCUUUACCAAAUUUUGUCAUGACUUUACCUUUAAUUAAUGUAUCAUUCGGUUUGAUUUUAAAUGAAAAGCUUAAUUGGGCUUUAGCCUUAUUAUCCUUUACUUCUAUUGUCUUCAGAUUAGAAGUGUCUGCUUUAACCUUUGGCGUAUUCUUAUUUUCAUACUAUUAUAAUAAGCUUGAUGGAUUUAAAAGCAUUAGAUUUGCUUUAAUGGGAGGAUCGUUAGGGGCAUUUUUAAGUAUAGUUAUUGAUUCCUAUUUCUGGGGGGACUGGACUUUACCUGAAGUAGAUGCUUUUAUUUUUAAUGUUAUAUCUGGUAAAGCCUCUGAUUGGGGAACAGAACCAUUUAUUGCAUAUUUCACACAUUACCUGAGAAUGUUAUUCAUACCGCCAACUAUCCUUUUGUUGAAUUAUCUUGGUUUCAGAUUUGCACCCUAUAACUUAAAAAUUGUCACACUGGCUAGUUAUUUCCAUAUUUUUAUUAUGUCAUUUCAGCCACAUAAAGAAUGGAGAUUUAUUAUUUAUUCAAUUCCACCAAUUAUCAUGUUAGGAUCGACUGCUGCCUCGUAUCUUUGGGAAAAUAUUAAAGUACAAAAUUUGAAGAACGUUUUGUUAUUAAGUUUACUUCCUUUAUCUGUUAUAAUUUCAGGUACAAUUUCACUUUUGUUUUCCAAAAUAUCGUCUAUGAAUUAUCCUGGUGGCGAAGCAUUAGCUAAUUUCAAUCAAUAUUUAGUUGAUAAGAAUAUAACCAACGCUAAUGUUCAUAUAACUGUACCUCCAUGUAUGACCGGUGUUACACUUUUUGGACAAAUAGAAUCACCGCUAUACAAUAUUACUUAUGACAAAACCGAAGAUUUGAAUAAAUUAGAAUUUAAGUGGAGCACUUUUGAUUACAUUAUUACUCAUCAAAAUGAUCCAAAGCAAUUCCCAUUUCAAUUUGAUCAAUCAGAUGAUUAUAAAUGGGAAUUAAUCCAAAAAAAUAAAAUGUUCACACAUGUGGAUCUUUCAUUUAUUCGUUCACAUAUAAAUCAAUUUAUUAAGAACAACAAAGAUAAGGAGCUUGGCAGAAUAUUCUUUGAUAAUAUAGAAAAAUUACCAACUCUUCUAAGUGAACUUGUCACAACUCAAUAUCUUGUCAAUAUCUUCAAUGAAACAUUUGAUAAGACUUUCAUUCAAAAUGAUAUUUUCUAUACAUAUAAGAAAGUUAGACAAUAA